AUGCUGCUCCAGCCUCUCUCUCUCUCGGCUCUCCUCUGCAAACGCCGAAGCGCGGAGACCUGUGUCCACUGUACUCGCCAUAUCUUUCAACAAUACUGCAAGACCAAAAAAAAACAGGAGAAAAAAGUGCGUUUGGAGAUUUCACAGGACUUCUUCUUCCAUCCUCACUCGGCGGACCGGCUUGAUGACGACGAGCUUCGCGGCAGGGCCAUGUCCCCAGACUUGAGGCAGGACUUCAGUAUGAUGGAGCAAAAGAAGCGGGUCACACAGAUUCUCCGGAGUCCAGUGUUUAAAGACGAACUCGAAGGCCUCAUCCAAGACCAGUUCACAAAAGGCAACACCCCGACCGGUCUCCUGGCUCUGAGGCAGAUCGCCGACCUGGUCAUGGCGAGCACGGUGGGAGGAGCGGGCCCUUUGACCUCCCCCAUCAGUUUAGGCAUGGUGACCCCCAUCAAUGACUUGUUUGGCACGGAGUCGGCGUCGUUUGCAAAGGGGGAGAAACUGAACCGCUGCAGGCUGGCCAGUCUAUACCGGCUUGUUGACCUCUUCAGCUGGGCUCGGUUUACAAGCUGCUAUAUUACACUGCGUGUGAGUAAAGAACAAGACCACGUCCUCAUCAGCCCGCGGGGGUUGUCGUUCGCCGAAGUCACGUCAGCAAAUUUGGUGAAAGUGAACAUUGUCGGGGACGUAGUGGAUCAAGGUUCCACAGAUCUCUCUAUUGACCACUUUGGCUUCGGCCCUCACGCUGCCAUCUACUCCAUGCGUCCUGAUGUGAGAUGCAUUAUCCACCUGCACACCCCUGCCACGGCUGCGGUGUCCUCGAUGAAAUGUGGAAUCCUGCCCAUUUCCCAGGAGGCUUUGCUUCUGGGAGACGUGAGCUGUUUUGGUUACCAUGGAAGCCUGGAUAAUAAAGAGGAGAAGGUGGAGUUUCAGAAAGCUCUGGGCCGUACUGCCAAGGUGAUGAUUUUGAGGAAUCAUGGACUGCUUGCUUUGGGGGAAACCGUGGAGGAAGCCUUCCACUACAUGUACCACUGUCAGCAGGCCUGCGAAGUCCAGGUGAGUGCUUUGGCGUGCGCUGGUGGAGUGGAGAACCUUGUGGUCCUGGACAGAGCCAAGUUCAAGGGCCUGACUCAGGGCGUGGCAGCGGCUGGGGCGAUGGUGGACAAUGAGGCCAAGUGGAAAGUGGGAGAAGCGGAGUUUGAGUCCCUGAUGAGGAUGCUGGACAACCUGGGAUACAGGACGGGCUACUCUUACAGAAACCCCAUUGUUCGUGAGAAGCCACGGUCAAAGAAUGAUGUGGAGAUCCCUGCCACGGUAUCUGCUCUCCCAUCGGACGACGACGACAUGUGUCUACGCAGUCCACUCAAGUUUAUUGCGCAAAAGCAGCAGAGAGAAAGGACACGCUGGCUCACCUCACCUCACAGCUACUUAAGAGUGGACGUCCCAGAGCACUCGCCCUACGGAGACGUCAGCCCCAGAACCAGGACUAUGUGGAUGAAGUCUGCAGAGCCAGGAAAUAACCUCGGCAUCCCAAUCAAGAUCGAAGACCCGAACCAGUUUGUCCCGUUGAAUACUGAUCCCACAGAGGUCAUGAACAAGAGGAACAGGAUCAAAGAGCAGCACAGAGGUUACCUGAUGACCGCCGGACCCAAGUCUCAGCUGCUGGCCGACAUCGUGGUGGAUACAAUACCAGGACCAGCUUUCAUUUACGAGGAUGAAGAACAGGUCCGCUCCCUGCCUCCAAACCCCUUCAACACGGUCACAGAGAAGGUGCUGGAGGAGUACAAGAGUCUUGUGGAGAAGAGGAAGCUGGGUCAAGAAGAUGAUGACAACGCCACAGACGCAGACGAAAUGACCACGUUCGACGGCUCGACCAUCUCCCUCUCUCUCUCUCCUCUCAUGACUCCAGUUAAAGAUAUCAUUCUGAACGGGAAGGAUCACUUCUCGGAUCCGGACGAAGAUCUCAGUAUCGAAGUGUCCAAACUGAGCAUGAGCACGUCCGAAAGCAUGGACCUCUCCAUCACCACGAAGGACAAAAGCGGAGAGGCCCAGACGCCCGAGAGCCAGACCAAAUCCAAGAAGAAGAAGAAGGGGUUUCGCACUCCUUCCUUCCUCAAAAAGAGCAAGAAGGAAAAGAAGGACAAAGAGAAGGAUGUGGAGAAGGUGGAAUCAUGA